UGUUUUAUCUCUCAUCGACUCAAAUAAAGUAGAGACUGCAGCCAAAUCAAACCAAAUAAAGCGGAAUCAGGGUUCAAAGCUUUUCUUCAAACGACCGGACGCCUGCUUUCUUUUCUUCGAUCGGACAAGCUUUUCUUCAAACGACGAAACUGCAUUCAGGUCAGUUUAGACUUGUUCAAAUUUUAUGGAGGCUAAGGAUUCAGCUGAGAGUUCUAGUGCAAGUGAUGCUGGUAAUGAAAGUUCAGAUUCAGUUGUGGAGCUUAAUGUGAAGACUCUAGAUUCACGAAUAUACAAAUUUCAUGUUGAUAAAAAUAUGCCCGUUUCACUCUUCAAGGAAAAGAUAGCUAAUGAGACUGGUCUUCCAGUCAUUCAGCAACGGUUGAUUUUCAGGGGGAAAGUGCUGAAGGAUGAUCAGCUCCUUUCGGAGUAUCAUGUGGACAAUGGACACACACUACAUCUAGUUGAAAGACAAUCUUCUGAAUCCCAUUCUUCCAGUUCAACCUCUGAAACAACUACCAACAACAAUGGAGGACAAGAUGCUGGUGGUACUGGUUCUCGCAGUCGUGUUGGGCACAUAUCACACAGUGUGGUACUUGGGACACUCAACCUUGGUGAUCAAGGAGAGGGUGGAGUGCCAGAUUUAAGUAGAGUUAUUGGAGCUGUUUUAAAUUCUAUUGGAAUUGGGGGCCAAGCUAUCCCUGGUGGGGUGCCUACUGUACAAAUUAAUGCUCCCGGUCAGCCCCAGCCAGGAAAUGUUACAGAAGGAAGUCAAAUUGGCAGUGGCAUUCACACUCAAGCAGCAGGUCAAACACAACAAGGUCAAGGAUUACCCAAUCAGUCAUUACCCCAGGUUCUGCGAAUACCUAUUGGGGCAGCAAUACCUAUUCCUACGCUUAAUACGCCUAUUCCAGAUUCUUUGCGCACACUCACCGACUUCAUGAGCCGGAUGGAACUUGUAUUGUCACAAAAUGGUUAUGGGCCAAAUCACCCCCCUACCAAUGCUGGAGAUUCACCACCUGUUGAACUAACUUCUAAUGCACAUGGAUUAUCAACACAUGAAUCACUGAGCAGUGUCAUACGACAAGCGGAAAGGCUCCUUAGUAGUAAUGCAACUGCAGCACUCUCUCACAUUGCAGGGCGUUUGGAAAGAGAUGGGGGUUCUACGGAUCCAACAGUCAGGGGCCAAAUUCAAACCGAAUCAAUACAAGUGGGGAUGGCAAUACAACAUUUAGGUUCUCUUUUGCUAGAAUUAGGAAGGACAAUUUUGACUUUGCGAAUGGGGCAGUCUCCUGCUCAAUCAUUUGUCAACUCUGGACCAGCAGUAUAUAUAUCAUCAUUUGGGCCAAACCCAAUCAUGGUUCAGCCUUUUCCACUUCAAGCCACCACAAUGUUUGGAGCUUCUCCUCCCAACUCAUCAAAUCAGGGUGGCUUGGGCCCCAUUGGCAUUGGCACUGUUCCAAGAAACGUAAACAUUCACAUACAUACUGCUGUUGCGCCUGGAUCAGCUGUUGCGCCUGGAUCAGCUGUUGCUCCUGGAUCAGCUGUUGCUCCUGGAUCAGCUGUCGCAGAAGGGUUACAAAAUCGCACUGCUGGUUCUGGUCAAACUCAGCAAUCUCCUGAAUCUGUUCAGCCAUCAACCGUUGUAGCAGGGCUAAAUUCGCAGCUUAGAAAUUUUCCUGAUAACAUACAAACAGGGAACCCAGUUCUAUCAGGCCAAUCAGAGAUUACCUCUGUCCAAAGCGGAGGUGUCUCUAAUGCUCAAAGGGGCACUCAGUCAAUCAACCCUUCUGCUGAAUCUCAGGCUAGAAGUGCGACAUCAGGUGGUUUGCCUGAGGGGAAGGAUCAGAAGGAAGAUAAAGGAGGCCCUUCAAACUCAAAAGCUACACCUUCAAGUAGUUUAGGUAGAGCAUCUGAGAAUACUAUGUCCGUUCCUCUUGGGCUAGGGCUGGGAGGUUUGAAGCCAAAGAGUCGGGUUAAGCCAGAAAGGUUUCAAGAUAGGAGGAGCAGCAGUGAGAGUGGGGGAUCUGAUGAUUCGAAUGUGGAAGAACAAAUGAGAGGACAUGCUCACGAGGUCCUUCAAACACUUAAAUCAUUUACUGAUAGGAGCUCAGAAACUCCAACCGCCAGACAACUGUCAUUGCAAAGGGGAGGAGGAGAACAAAGCUCGAACGGCCAGUUUGACAUUGCAAAUGCAAUGUCUCAAGUUCUCAAUAGUCCUGCGUUUAAUGGUCUACUUUCAGGGGUUUCUCAACAAACAGGGGCUGAAUCUCCUGAUAUGUUGAGAAACAUGAUGAUGCAAAUGACACAGAAUCCAGCUGUGAGGAAUUCUAUUGGUCAAAUGGCACAACAGCUUCAAGGCCAACAAGAUCUUGGGGGCAUGUUCGGCGGUGGUAGUUCAGGAAGAGUGGGCGGACCCCCUGGAGGUGGUAUGGAUUUCUCGAGAAUGUUUGAACAGAUGAUGCCUUUGGUUUCACAAGUUCUCGGUGGUGGUGGGACCUCAGCUCCUGCUUCAUCGUCCCAAUCACACAACACUCAGAGAAGGCUAGGCGAAGAUGAUGUUCUUCAUCAAAAUCUUCAGGUUGAUUUCCAGGAUGUGGUGGAGAGGAUAGAAAAGAAAGAUACACCUAGAGAAAUCUUCUGUUCCAUGGUUGAAGCUGCUGCUCAAUUGGAUGAUACUUGCAGUGAUCAACUCAUAGAAGAGCUCUGCAAUGAUGAAGGCCUUGCAAAGGAAUUUAUUGAGUUGUUGCGCCACGACAUUUCUCGCCGUCUGGAGGGUGAGAAUAAGAAAUCUUAGCAUAUUUGUUUUUGGAUUAUGUAUUAUACCAUUUCAUGAUGUUCCCUACCAUAUUUAUGUGAAUUAUGUACCAUGAUUAUUAUUAUUUUUGUUCAUAUCGAAACAUCCUUGGUUUUUAUUUU